GACUGAAUGUCAGUACCGGGCUGUGAGGCUUAGGGGGAAGGUGGUUGGCGGUUCGUCUGCGGCCACCGCCGCCGCCGUUGCCGCUUCUGCUGCCGCGGCUUUUCGGCGGCUCCCGGGAUGAAGUCGUGAGGGGAUACCACAGGGAGGGGGCCGCGGAGAUGUUUGGCCGCUCGCGGAGCUGGGUGGGUGGGGGCCAUGGGAAGUCCUCCCGCAGCAUCCACUCCUUGGACCACCUGAAAUAUUUGUAUCAUGUUUUGACCAAAAACACCACAGUAACAGAACAGAAUCGCAACUUACUUGUGGAGACUAUACGUUCCAUCACGGAGAUUCUUAUUUGGGGGGAUCAGAAUGACAGCUCUGUAUUCGACUUUUUCCUGGAGAAGAAUAUGUUUGUUUUCUUCUUGAACAUCCUGCGUCAGAAAUCUGGUCGUUAUGUCUGUGUUCAGCUGCUACAAACCUUGAACAUCCUUUUUGAAAAUAUCAGUCAUGAGACCUCACUUUAUUAUUUACUCUCUAAUAACUAUGUAAAUUCUAUCAUUGUCCAUAAAUUUGACUUUUCUGAUGAGGAGAUUAUGGCAUAUUAUAUAUCAUUCUUAAAAACACUUUCAUUAAAACUCAACAAUCACACCGUUCAUUUCUUUUACAAUGAGCACACAAAUGACUUUGCGCUGUACACAGAAGCCAUCAAAUUUUUUAAUCACCCUGAAAGCAUGGUCAGGAUUGCUGUAAGAACCAUAACUUUAAAUGUUUAUAAAGUGGAUAACCAGGCCAUGCUGCACUACAUCAGAGAUAAAACUGCAGUCCCUUACUUCUCCAAUUUGGUUUGGUUCAUUGGAAGUCAUGUGAUUGAACUAGAUAACUGUGUCCAGACUGAUGAAGAACAUAGGAAUAGAGGGAAACUGAGUGACUUGGUAGCAGAACAUCUUGACCAUCUGCAUUACCUCAAUGACAUCCUUAUUAUCAAUUGUGAAUUCCUAAAUGAUGUACUCACAGACCACUUACUCAAUAGGCUUUUUCUGCCUCUUUAUGUAUAUUCACUGGUAAAUCAAGACAAGGGAGGAGAACGUCCAAAAAUAAGCCUUCCAGUUUCUCUUUAUCUUCUGUCACAGGUUUUCCUAAUAAUACACUAUGCACCACUGGUGAACUCAUUAGCUGAAGUCAUUCUGAAUGGAGAUCUGUCUGUGUUCUGUUAUAGGUCUGAACAAGAUGUUCAGAGAAGUUCUGCAAAGUCCAGCAUUAGGUGUUUCAUUAAACCAACUGAGUCACUGGAAAGAUCUCUUGAAAUAAACAAGCAGAAGGGAAAGAAAAGAUUGCAAAAGAGACCCAACUAUAAAAAUGUUGGUGAGGAAGAAGAAGAGGAGAAAGGCCCUGAAGAAACCCAGGAAGAUUCUGAUAAGGCUAAAGGUAUAGAAGGUAGUUCAAAAGGCAUCAAGACAAGUGGGGAGAGUGAAGAAAUAGAGAUGGUAAUCAUGGAGCGAAGCAAACUAACCGAAUUAGCCAUUUCUGUAGUGACAGAACAGAAUACAACAGAUGAAGAGAAGAGUGCUGCUGCGUCUGGGAGUGAGAACACACAGUGGAACAGACCUUUCCUUGAUAUGGUAUAUAAUGCAUUGGACAGUCCUGAAGAUGAUUAUCACGCCCUUUUUGUGCUUUGUCUUCUAUAUGCCAUGUCUCAUAAUAAAGGAAUUGAUCCAGAGAAGUUAGAUAGAAUUCAGCUUCCAGUGCAGACUGAAGUUGAGAAGACCUCCUAUAACCACUUGCUUGCCGAAAGACUCAUUAGGAUAAUGAACUAUGCUGCUCAGAUUGAUGGAAAAAUCAGACUGGCUACUUUGGAACUUAGCUGCUUGUUACUAAAGCAGCAAGUCAUGACAAACAGCGGCAGCAUUAUAAAGGAUGUUCACCUUGCCUGCCUUGAGGGUGCAAGAGAGGAAAGUGUUCACCUUGUGAGGCAUUUUUAUAAGGGAGAAGAAAUUUUUUUGGAUAUGUUUGAAGAUGAAUAUAGGAGCAUGACAAUUAAGCCUAUGAAUGUGGAAUAUUUAAUGAUGGAUGCCUCUAUCUUGCUACCUCCAACUGGAACACCUUUAACUGGGAUUGACUUUGUCAAGCGAUUGCCGUGUGGUGAUGUGGAAAGAACCCGUAGAGCCAUUCGAGUUUUCUUUAUGUACCGCUCCCUGUCACUGCAACUACGAGAUGAACCUGAGACCCAGUUACCACUGACAAGAGAAGAGGACCUGAUAAAAACAGAUGAUGUCCUGGAUCUGAAUAACAGCGAUUUAAUUGCUUGUACAGUGAUUACAAAAGAUGGAGGUCUCGUUCAGCGCUUUCUAGCUGUGGAUAUUUAUCAGAUGAGUUUGGUGGAGCCAGAUGUUGCAAGACUAGGGUGGGGAGUAGUCAAGUUUGCAGGUCUCUUGCAGGAUAUGCAGGUAACUGGAGUAGAAGAAGAUAGUAGAGCUCUGAACAUUAUCAUUCACAAGCCUGCUUCCAGCCCCCAUUCUAAACCUUUCCCCAUUCUCCAAGCUACAUUUGUAUUUUCUGAUCAUAUCCGCUGUAUCAUUGCAAAACAGCGCUUAGCAAAAGGUCGUAUCCAGGCCCGGCGUAUGAAGAUGCAGCGUAUAGCUGCACUCCUGGACCUUCCAAUCCAGCCUUCCACAGAAGUCAUGGGGUUUGCACUUAAUGCUUCAACUUCAAACCAGCACCUGCCUUUCCGAUUCUAUGAACAAUCUCGCCGUGGCAGCAGUGAUCCAGCUGUACAGCGUUCUGUUUUUGCAUCCGUUGACAAGGUACCAGGUUUUGCUGUGGCCCAGUGUAUAAACCAGCAUGGUUCGUCACCCCUGUCAUCAUCAUCUCCUCCUUCCAGUGGCAGUUCCAGUGGUAGUGGGAGUACGGGGCGCUGUGACUCGGUUGCACCCAGCUCCACUUCCACUCCUUCUGCAGCACAAAGCCCAUCAGAUGAUCCUACGGCUCCCCGGCAGCUCCCGCUGACCUUUCCUGACCAAGUGGUGAUUGUUAAUGAAAUCCCUACAACUUCCAAGUCCAGCAAGAGCCUUGGAAAGGGUUCAGAAGUGGAAACUGCAAACCUGUCCCCCAGUCUGAUUCCUGCUCAGCAGCCCACCAUCUCUCUCAUUUCUGAUGACACUACAGAUGCCCUGAGUGUGGAAUCCUUGACCCUGGUUCCUCCCGUUGACCCACACAGCCUCCACUCUUUUACCUGCACCCCUCAGUCUUCCACACAGAUAGAAACUUAUAAAGUGACAGAGGGUGAGAUUGCCCCUCAUGCGCCAGCAGAUCAGUCUGAACAGUGAUGCAGUUGAUUUUGCUUUCUUUUUAUUUGUGGCCCCUCAAAAAGCUAUAGGAACUAAAUGGUAGCUACAUGAAGGAUACUUGUGAAACAGCCAGGAUUAUAAGAAAGGGCAGUAGCCUAUCCUAACAAAUAUUGUUUCUGUCUCUUGAAAUGAAAGAAACCCAGUUCUCUGUUCAAAUUCACAUUUCUCAUGUUGUACAUAAGAAAGAACCAGACAUCUAAGAAAUUGAUGAAGACAGAGUUUCUCCAGACUACCAUAAUUAUACCUGCGUGAUGCUGUUCCAUGUUUGCUGCCAAAAGAAGAAACCUCUAUGUGACAUUCUUGUUAUUCUUUUUGUUAGACUUCAGACACAAAACACUUGUCCAGAAAGAGGCAAAAAAACAAAAAAGGCUCUUGUAGCUGUGUCAAACCUACCACCAGAAAACUGUGUCCAUUCAGCUUAAGUAGUUCUGUUUUCAUUUUGUUCAUUUUGAGUUGACUGAACAGAUUUAUCUAACAGCAAUGGAUGAGGUCAUUUCAAAAGAUAUUCAAAAUGAGAUGAACUGUAGUAAUGUCUCAUUGGUGUAAUAUUUAUUUCAACAUUUGAUAUCAGACUAGAAACAUUUAUUUGAAAAAAAGAAAAACCACCGCCACCUCAUUCCUGAAGUUUCUUGUAAUGCUAAGAGUAUAAUGUAUAAUUUUUUUAUCUUGAGGUUACCUGUCUUUUCAAAGCUGUCUAUGAAGAAGGUAUGGUAUGCUACAUUUUCAUAAGUGACAUUUAUGACUUCAUUACUUACCAACCCAACUCUGCAUGCCUAUUGAAUGAAAAAGCACCUUCUUAGAAAGCGUAGAUUCUUUUUCAAACAGAGAAGGGAUUUGAAGAUACCAUGUAUAGUAGGCUUCUUUGUCACAGAGAAGAAGCUCUGUUUUGUUCCUUAAUGAGAACAUCUUUUCUUGAAAAGAUAAAAAAUUCAAAGAAAUCUUCUACUCAGGCCUUUUUCUGUAACCAAAUGUGAACUGUGUUUUGAGCAUCCCCUUUAGUUAUUGCCAUCUCUGUAUGGGGCAAAGAAAGAAAUGUGGGAAACCAUGAGGACUGCGGAAUAGACUUCCUAUAAUUUUACACAGGUGAAAUGAGAUUUGUCUACUGAAUUUGCCCAUAAAACCAGUUUUGUGUACUCAUUCACAGAGGUAGAAAUCCAAGAGCCAGCUAAUAAUCUCAAUGGUUGUGACAUUCAAGGCCUUUGCAGUCUUGAGGGAUUUGACUCAGUUGCUCUCUUCCUCUUCCCCUCUCAACCAUUGUACAAAUGGGUAAGCUUAUUUGUAAAACAAGGCAAGACUCUAUGUUUCCUCUUUCAUCCUUUCAACAUCACAUUUUGGUUUAUAUGUGGAUGAACACACUGGUGUAUUUAAAAUUAAACUAAAGAUCAUAUAUACCUUUCUACAAAGCAAAAUUGUUUACCGUCCACAAAUAGUUAAUAUAUUAUUCAUCUCAAUCCAUUCAACUGUAAAACUAAAAGACUACUUUCUUUUUGGUGAAGAAUCUGUCCAUCAGAUGUGUUGAUACCAAUUCUCAUACUACUUUUGACUUUGAACUUUUGGUGAUGCUAUCGAAGACUAUCCCUGGCACAUCUUUGAAUGUCCUUGCAACAUUUUUCAAACUAGUUCUAUGCUGUAGCAUAUUGACCUGCUAAAAUUCAGAUUUUAUGUCACUGGAAUAGAAAUGGCCUAAAAGAGUUGUAAACAGUGGAUAAAGAAGUAAAAAAAAAAUUAUGGGUACCAAGUCACUCCAAAUAGGUCUCCCACUUAGUUUCAUCCUUCAGACCUUCAAUCAGAAACAUGGCAACAGGUGGACCCUCAUGUUGUUAAAGAAAACAUCCAAUCUGAAACAGAUGCUGUUUGUGCACAAAUGAAUAAAGCCCUUACAAAGACAGUAAAAACCAUAGUUAUUGGAGAUAUCAUGUCCUUCCCUGCAAAGGAAGGGAUGGCAGGUAAAAAAGGGCAUAAGAUGAUUAAUGGAAAUAAGUGAAUAAAGGAAUGGGUGACCCUUCCCCCUGAAACAGUUGGUUAUUCAGUGUUUACUCAUUUUCUUCUUACAGCAGCAUGACUGUAUAUCAGGGGAGGGAAACAUUUCAUACACAUGGAGUUUCCCUCUUACCCUCUUGGAAGCCAGUUAACCUCUGAGAAGUAUGCUACUUCUGUUUUUGAAAUUAUUUGUACUUAUUUUUUCUGGCAACAGAAAAUAGAGAAGCACAGCUACUUUCCCAGCCAUUGUCAUUAAAAAAAAAAAGAAAGAAAGAAAAGAAAAAGAAUAACAAUACUUUCCCAGAAAAUAAAAAAUGCAGUCCCUACCAGAAAUCCUAUAGAACCAUAUUUACUAAAAUGAUAUGAUUUCCCCAAUUGUCUUCUCAGAGCACUGUGAAAAAAAAUUGCAAGUUAUGGGAUCUUUGGUGAUGGGAGAUCCUCUAAUUUUUUAAGUGUUUUCAGUCUGGUUCAAUGUACCCUUGAGAAUUUGUAAUGGGACUGGUGUACUUUGGCUCUUACUGAAUGCAAAUUGUAUCCUUUUAUCAAGGGCCCAUAAAUUCCUUCUUUUCAGAGAAUAACUAUUCUAAUUAAGGUUGGAUUGAAUUGAGCAGCUUUUGUGAUUUAAUGUAUUCCCUCCAGUUUUUUUGUUCUUCCCAAGAUACUUGUUUAACAUAAAGUAUUUGUAGGAUCAUAGGCCAUCUUCCUUACUGCCAGACAAUUUCAAAUAAUUAUGAAUGAACAGAAAAGGUAGGACCCAGAUUUUUGUAAGAAGUAGGUUCUCAAAACAAUAUUUAGAAGAACCAUCUCAUUUCUAUGAUUGGAUAAUAUGAAAAUAAAAGGACAUUGGGAUAUACUUCACCACAGUAUUGCACACACCAGGAGGAGUGAGCAUGAUUAUUCUUCUCUGAUAAACUUUACUAAUCUUGGUACUCUAAACUUGUUGCAAACUAUCCAGAUGAUAUUGACUCUUUAGAAUACUUAACUGCUUGUGGGACCCUUUGGAUUGUAGUAUAUUUCGUUUGUUUUAAACUGGAAGAAUAGUUGCAGACUUUACACCAAAAGCCAAUAGCAAGUUGGAUGUUGAGGUUGAGGAGGCAGAACUGUCCAACACAGUUGCUACCAUUCUUAGCUACAAACUUUGAGCAAAUCAUUACGAGGGUUCUGUCUUGCUGUGAAAAUGAAUCUUUGCAUCCCACAUCACUUUACAUUAACACAAAUAUCAUAGUUGAUCAUAUAGCCAAAUGUAGGUAGACCAAAUUCUCAUGAUCUUUUGCAUUGGACAGUUAGAUUAGCCUUAGGAAAAACUUUGGAAUUGUCAUAUGACCCCUCUGAGGUUUGGGUCCUAGACCCAAAUCCUUGGAAUUCAGUUCAGAAAAUCCUUUAACCCCGCUUUGUAUCACCUGCAGGAAAUGCAGGUAGAGACCUUAGUUCAACCCUAUUCCAAUUCUUUUGCUCCUUGACCUAACCCUUAAUGUGGAAACAGAAGUUAAUUUACCAGAGUAGGGGGACAAGAUUAUUAGUCACUUUGACUUUAAUUCCCAGUGCUUUCUCUGAAGCAUGUAAUCUAACCAGCACUGGUCCUAGGUUAGGCUUAAUUCCAGGGUUUUGGUGUACAGCCAAACUACUCCCAAUGAAUUGGAUUAUGUAAGAUUUUAAAGUGUAUCUAAAAACAAGCAAACCUGGCCUCCUGGUGAUAGCAAAUGAAAUGACUUUCUCUUAAGUGGUCUUCUGAAGAAUGUUGAGUAGAAUGACCUGUGCUUUUAUUGCUUUGAGUUCUUUGGAGAAAUGAGGAAUAGAGGAAUGGGAAUGAGAGGAAAAUGCAAUGCCCUGCCCCAGGGCCUCUUGGAGAAAUUGGCCAGCCAAAGUGACUUUGACUUUUGUUAUACGGCAGUCACUGCUAAAGCAGACGUAUUGCUACUAUGAUUGUUAUAGUGGAUGUGAUAUCAUGAGAUGAUAGUCUUUCAAAAAAUUAUAAUUUAAAGAGAAGCAGAUUUGGUAGAGCUAAUCCCUGUAGAUAGAGCAGAGGUCGAAAAUUGAUUUUAUUUAACUUUUCAUUUAAAAACACAUUGUAUUUUACUGUCUUAUUUUAUUUGUUCUUCACUGCAAUGGGAGAAGGGGGAGAUAUCUCGUUUUUUUUUUUCAAAGAGGGUGACCAACCAAGCAUUCACCGAGCAAAACAAUUUUUUUUUAAAAAGGGUCAGGUAAGUAGUAUGAUGCACAUAUCUAAGUAAGGUAAUAUACAAUACUUGAUAACAAAUACAUAGUUCUGAAGAUGCACUGUAAAAAUGAAAAUACAGGGAGAAUUUAAUUCUGAUCUUUUUCUAGAGGCAAUAAAUAUAUUUAAUCUAAGUCAUGUUAAAUGUUUGGAGUACAUGUAAUAAUACAUUAUGUUCCUUUAAAUAAUAGAUGUAGAUGCUAGAUGUUGGAGAGGAGCAUAUUUGGGAAAUCUUGGUACAGUAAAUGUUACUGAAAAUGUGGCCCAUUCUAGGGAAGUACCUGCAUUUGCUGGCAUGAGUCACAGUUCAUGUGUACUAAGCAUGAGGGUGGAAAUGAAAACUGGAACUUCCUUGUAAAUUUAACUUGGUAAUAAAAAUGGUGUUAUGGA